GGGUAACUUUCGUGUUCAAACUGCUACUUACCUCAUGUUUGUUUACGCAACACUUGCCAGAAUUCUCUUUACUGUGAUUGGUUGUAGUUUCCGUAGCCUGAGUGGUUCUCGUUACAUACAUUCGUCAAGUGUCAAGUACAUCUGACGCGUAAGAUAUGACGAGCUAAUGGGAAGCUUAUGGUUACACAUCUCAUAAGAAAAUAUCGAAACCAUGGAGGAUAUAAAUGACAAAUUUUGUUACGUCUAUAGUUCCUCACUGGAGUCUAGAAUACAAAUAAAAAUUGGUACUCUAGAGGGUAAACGACAACGACCCGAGUAUGAUAAACUGCUGCUCGAUCCGAUGUUGAAAUAUUCCGGACUGUACGGUAAUGGGGGAGGUCGAGGAGACCUCGCUGCAUCGUUACAAGUAUGGGCUGGUGGAAGACCUCUAGCAUUACCUGUUCAUACUGCCUACAAGCAUUUCACUUCUCGCUGGAACUGGAAUCAAUGGGUUACGUUACCCGUCGCUUAUUCGGACUUACCAAGAGAUGCACAGCUAUGCAUAACGCUUUUUGAUUGUGCCGGACCAGGAAGACAAUUACCUGUUGGAGGUACAACGAUUUCGUUCUUUGGGAAGCAUGGUGUAUUUCGUCAGGGAAUGUUGGACCUAAGAGUAUGGCCAGGUGUUGAAGCUGAUGGUAAUGUGCCAACCACGACUCCAGGCAAAGCUAGAGAUCAUGGUAAAGAACAAAUGCAAAGGUUGGCCAAGUUGGCUAAGAAGCACAGGAACGGCCAGAUGAGUAAAGUUGAUUGGCUGGAUCGGUUGACGUUCAGAGAAAUUGAAGUGAUAAAUGAACGAGAAAAACGAGCCUCUGAGUAUCUGUAUUUAAUGCUAGAAUUCCCAGAAGUUACAAUGGAUGGUAUUCCGUAUUCAGUCGUUUAUUACGAGAAAGAUGGAGAUGAAGUUGUGCAGCAUAGAUCACAGCCAGAUGUUGUCACCUUACCAGAUUUUGAAAUCUUACAGGAAAAUCUCGUUGAAGCCAAACAUCAUAAGUUAGCACGUAGCUUGCGCAGUGGCGGAAAUACCCGAGAACUAAAGCCGACUUCCAGUGUUCGAGAUGCACUAAACACAAUACUGGCCUAUCCACCAACUACAGCUCUUUCUACGGAAGAGCAGGAUUUGAUUUGGAAAUUUCGAUUUUAUUUGUCAAACCAAAAAAAAGCGCUUACCAAGUUUGUCAAAUGUGUGAACUGGAAAGUAGCUGGUGAAGAACGACAAGCAUUAGAAAUGCUGGCGCUUUGGGCACCUCCAGAUCCUGAAGAUGCCCUUGAACUCCUCGGUCCAGCGUUUACUCAUCCAGCUGUGCGGAGAUAUGCAAUCGGACGACUUAAUCAAGCACCAGAUGAUGAUUUGAUGCUUUACUUGUUGCAAUUAGUGCAGGCACUUAAGUAUGAGAAUUUUGAAGGCAUAAAAGCAGCAAAUCAAUGUCUUCGCAGCCAACAAAGUCAAGAAGUGCGUGAAAAAGGAGAGAAGGAUAAAAACAAUGAAUGUUCCACGUCCACAUCCAUCACCACAUCUAGUGAAUCUGAAACUGGGGAAGCCAUCGACAAACAAGAACCUCCGAUAGAUCUUGCCUCGUUUUUAAUAAGUCGAGCUUGCCAGAAUUCGACAUUGGCCAAUUACUUUUACUGGUAUCUUCUAAUCGAGUGCGAAGACCAAGUUGACCCAGCUAUUGCUGCCAAACAAGAUACACGUAUAAGAGAGAUGUACAUUACAGUUAUGAAAACGUUUUCUACGACACUAUCACAGGGGAGUGUUGUAUGGCAGAAGAGGCGAGCGUUUCUGUCACGCCAAAAAAUGUUCAUUGAUCAGCUGGUAUCUCUUGUCAAAGCUGUAGCAAGAGAAAGUGGUAACCGCAAAAGAAAAACCGACAGACUCAGGGCACUGCUUGCUGACCCUGAUCCAACUUUCAAAAUAAACUUUUCCAAUUUUGAACCCAUACCUUUUCCACUGGAUCCAGAAAUAUCUAUAAAAGGGAUUAUACCAGAGAAAGCAAGUCUAUUCAAGUCAGCUCUGAUGCCCAGUAAAUUGACAUUUCUGACUAGUGAAAAUACUGAGUACAUUGCAAUUUUUAAACACGGAGAUGAUCUCAGACAGGACCAGUUAAUAUUGCAAACAAUAGCGCUAAUGGAUAAGUUGUUAAGACGAGAAAACUUGGACCUUAAGCUAACGCCAUACAGAGUCUUGGCAACAAGUACGAGACAUGGGUUUCUGCAGUUCAUAGAAUCUACAACAGUAGCUGAAGUAUUGGCAAGUGAAGGGUCGAUUUUGAGCUUCUUCAGAAAGCACCACCCAUCAGAAACUGGCCCAUACGGAAUUACAUCUGAAGUUAUGGAUACUUACGUGAGAAGCUGCGCUGGAUAUUGUAUUAUCACAUACCUCCUUGGUGUCGGCGACCGACAUUUGGACAACUUACUCCUUACAACCUCAGGGAAACUAUUCCAUAUAGAUUUCGGGUAUAUCUUAGGUCGAGAUCCAAAGCCGCUACCUCCUCCUAUGAAACUCAGCAAAGAGAUGGUCGAGGCUAUGGGUGGUGUUGGAUCGGAACACUAUCAUGAGUUUAGGAAGCAAUGUUACACUGCCUUUUUGCACCUGAGAAGACACGCGAACUUAAUGUUGAAUCUCUUCUCUCUGAUGGUCGACGCCAGUGUGCCUGAUAUAGCACUUGAGCCCGAUAAAGCUGUAAAAAAAGUACAGGAUAAAUUGCGGUUGGAUUUAAGUGACGAAGAAGCUGUACACUAUGUGCAAAACCUUCUCGAUCUUUCGGUAACUGCUGUUAUGGCAGCCCUUGUUGAACAACUCCAUAAAUUUGCUCAAUAUUGGCGAAAAUAAAUAAACAAAGUCCCAAAAGUAAUAUUAUUAAGACUGCAUCUUGCUGUUAUGUAAAUAGUAUAUGAUUUAGCAGUAAUUUCCUUAAUGUAAAAUAUUUAAUGUACAGUACUUUUCAAAAUUCUAAUUAUGAUGAAAAUAAACAUUUUUUAAAGCUAA